AUGGCGGUCACCCUCUGCCUGCUGCUGCUGCUGCUGCCCGCCUGCGAGGCCCGGCGGGGCCGCGGGGGCGGGGGGUUCGGCCGGGGGAUGGGCGGCGGCGGCGGGGGCUACGGGCGGGGCUGGGGGGGCGGCGGGGGCUACAGGCCCGUGGGGCCCGUGCAGAGCAGCGGCCCCAGCGCGGGGAAGGUGGCCGGGGCUGCGGCCGCGGGGGCCUUAGGAGGGGCCGUGCUGGGCUCCGCCCUCAGCCGCCCCGGGUACGGCUACGGGGGCGGGUAUGGAGGGUAUGGAGGGGGCUACGGAGGGUACGGAGGGUAUGGAGGCUACGGAGGGGGCUACGGACCCCGGUAUGGAGCCGGCUAUGGGCCCAGGCCCGCCUACGAGCCCGAGGGCUCCGGGGAUUUGGAGUACUACACCGGGGCUUCCAGCGGGCCCAUCUACAACAGCAUCGUGGUGGUCAUCGGCUCCCUGCUGCUCGGCCACUGGGUGGCGCUCAUGUAG